UUUUUAAAUUCAAAAUUUUUUUCAAAUUCAGACGUGAUUUGUAUUGAUCAAACACGUAUUAUACUUCGAAUUGGUGACGAAAAAUCAGAUUUUAUACAUGCAAGUCGAAUUCCACUCGUUCAGAUCAUAAUUACUCAACUGCCAUUAUCGAAUACAGUGAAGCAAUUUUGGGAAAUGAUUUGGCAGGAAAAUGUUCAAGCUAUUUUAGUAUUUCUAACACUGAAGGAAUGGAAAGAGCAUGGAGAAAAUAUUCGAUUAAUCCCCAAAAAAGGAAAAUGCUUGCACAUUAAAGGCUUAAUAAUGUUAACACACAAAAAUGAAUUACAAAUCACAUCUCACUGGAUUUUACAAGAAUUUUAUCUUUCGAAAAAUAAUGAAACUCGUCGAAUCCUAUGGCAUCACUAUACUGGCUGGGAGCCGAAUAAACCUCCAUGGGCACAUGAAAUGUUACAUAAUAAAAAUACUUCUGCAAUAAACAUUGUGGAAUGUUUAAAAAAAAUUCGUACAUAUCGAAUGCAUGCCAUACAGUCAGUUUCACAGUAUCAAUUCGUUUAUAUGGGCAUACAAAGACAUAUUUUCCUCGUUGAAGUAAUUUUAUCUCUACUAAUUUUUGGCAUUUCUACAAAAUAUUAUAAAAAAGUUGAAUUAAAUAUGACAAAAAAAUUAACAUUACAAUAG